AUGGCAAAAACCAAGCAAGCCAAGCGCAGCAGCGCCGGCGGCACGCCCUACGAGCGGCCGGGCGGCGGCAAGAGCAGCGGCGCAUCCGGCAGCAAGAACAACGUCUUCAAAUUCAACACAAACGUCGGCCAGCACAUCCUCAAGAACCCCGGCGUCUCGGACGCCAUUGUCGACAAGGCCUACCUCAAACCCACAGACACCGUCCUCGAGGUCGGCCCCGGCACGGGCAACUUGACGGUGCGCAUCCUGGAAAAGGCAAAGAAGUGCAUCUGUGUCGAGUUGGAUCCUAGGAUGGCGGCGGAGGUGACCAAGCGCGUGCAGGGGAAGCCGGAGCAGCGCAAGUUGGAGGUUUUGCUGGGCGAUGUCAUCAAGACGGAGUUGCCUGCGUUUGAUGUUUGCAUUUCCAAUACCCCCUACCAAAUCUCGUCCCCUCUCGUCUUCAAGCUCCUUGCCAUGCCCAACCCCCCGCGCACCUCAAUCCUCAUGUUCCAGCGCGAAUUCGCCCUCCGUCUCACCGCCCGCCCCGGCGACACCCUCUACUGCCGCCUUUCGGUAAACGCCCAGUUCUGGGCCAAAAUCACCCACGUCAUGAAGGUCGGCAAGAACAACUUCAAGCCUCCGCCCCAGGUCGAGUCCUCCGUCGUUCGCAUCGAGCCAAAGAUGGGCAAGGACCGCCCCAACGUUAGCUGGGACGAGUGGGACGGUCUCCUGCGCGUCUGCUUCGUCCGUAAGAACAAGACGCUGCGCGCCAGCUGGCUCGGCACCAAGGAGGUCCUCGCCAUGGUGGAGAGGAAUUACCGCACCUGGUGCGCAAUGAACGGCGUCUCUGUGGAUGAGAGUCUUGUCGAGGAUGACGCCGACGCCGUCUUGGACAUGGCCGAGGACGGGGCCGCGGAUGCCGACAACAUGGACGUCGACGACGACGCUGCCGACGAGGCGCCCGACUUCUUCAAGGAGCUGCGCAGCUCGGCCGCCUCGUCUGCCCCCAAGACCAAGAGCAAGCGCAAAAAGACAAAGGUGGCGGAGCUGGUCCGCGAAAAGAUCCGCAAGGUCCUCGAGGACGUGACGGAGCUGGCCGACAAACGCUCCGGCAAGUGUGACGAAAACGACUUUCUGCGGCUGCUGUUUGCUUUUAACGAGGAGGGCAUACACUUUUCCUAG